AUGUCGGCAAAGAUAAGGAGCAGAUCAACCCUACAGCCCCAGCAGUGUGGCAGUUCAUUGCAACAAGACCGGCACAGGGCUAUGGCAGGCCUGAAAGAGCAGCUUCCAAACACAGCCAGCAGUCCAACACAAGACGUACAGCACUCUGUGUCCCUCACACCAACGUUACCAAAGAACAGCGCAGUUACACACGUCUCAGAGAAUGCAAUUAGUGAACACAAGGCGAUAGCACCGGAUGAGGCAGAUUGCACAGCUAGAUCACCUUCAUCCAGAUCUGCUGAACCCAGCCCUGAGAGAAUUAUCAUCUCAGAAGAGGACAGCAAUGAGACGCAAGAGGACAUUAAACCAUUUGGUAAUUGUGUAGAAGUUGAGCUGCAUAAAGAAAAAAAUAAGGAUCCGUCUUUGCCAAUGGUGAGACCACCUGAGAUUGCUCCAUCUAUAUUUAUGAAGAUAGGGAGUAUGGAACAAGGAGGCAUUUUUGGGCUUACAGAAAUUCCAGGCAGUACCUGUAACCUAUGGUUAAGCUUGGUGGACCUUUGCCAAAUCCCAAUCCUCAGACUUAACGACUGUUCUGCGCAACAUUAUAAACCUCUUCUUUUAACCUAA